AUGGCGGCAGGCCCAGGAGAGCAGCCUGGCCAGAAGAGGCGUGGGAAGGCAGAGGAGUGGGUGGCAGUGUUGGGUGUCUUGGUCCUGUUCUUGCCCUUUGCAUGUCUUGUCGCCGGUGUGUGUGGUUAUCCCUACAGAGAACUGGCUGAUACUUGUUUCCACAGUAGUCAACUAAAUGUAUCGUUAAUUGUUUUCAAGGAGAGAAGACGUGGCCGUGGAAGAUACAGAGGUAGGAAGUGUGGUCGAGGUCACAAAGGAGAAAGGCAAAGAGGAAAUCGCCCCCGAUUAGGCUUUGAGGGUGGUCAAACUCCAUUUUACUUGGCCAUACCAAAGUAUGGGUUUAAUGAGGGACAUAGCCUCAGACGUCAGUACCAACCGCUCAGUCUUCAGAGGCUGCAGUACCUGAUUGAUUUGGGUAGAGUUGACCCCACGCAACCAAUUGACUUAACACAGCUCACUAAUGCCAGAGGUGUAACGGUGCAACCUCUCAAAAGGGAUUACGGUGUCCAGCUGGUGGAGGAGGGUGCCGAUAUCUUUUCAGCAAAAGUAAAUAUUGAAGUGCAGAGGGCAUCUGAACUAGCAAUUGCAACUAUAGAAAAAAAUGGAGGUGUGGUAACAACAUCAUUCUACGAUCCAAGGAGUUUGGAAAUUUUAUGUAAGCCAGUGGUAUUUUUUCUGCGUGGCCAGCCUAUUCCAAAGCGAAUGCUUCCACCCGAAGAUCUAGUCCGUUACUACACAGAUGCCAGGAAUCGUGGGUACCUGGCAGAUCCAUCUAAGGUUGCAGAAGCCAGGCUUGAACUUGCCAAGAAGUAUGGUUAUGUCUUACCAGACAUAACGAAGGACGAACUCUUCAAAAUGUUAAGCACACGCAAGGAUCCCAGACAGAUAUUUUUUGGUCUUGCUCCAGGGUGGAUCGUAAACAUGGCAGACAAGAAAAUUCUAAAACCAACUGAUGAGAGGCUGUUAAAAUACUACAGCUCAUGAAUUCAGGACUGGAGACAACUGCAGGUGUACAGGAAACAUCUGGGUAUGAAAUAAUGGAUACGAAGUGGUGUUUGGUUUUUUUUAAGACUCCUGUUGUAUUAGACAAAACAUAAAUUUUUGUUUAUCUGAUCUUCUGGUGUAGCUCCCGACUUUCUUAUUGUCAUAAUACAGUGCAUGAAAAGUCUUAAUACUUGGAAACAGUGUAGAGUCUGCCAUAAAGCGUGUGUUGGGG